CAGUCCCGCCCCCCACCACACCCGCACCGCACCUCUACGGAGCCGAGCAAAGCGACAAGGAGCUGGGGUGAAGAGACAGCGAGGCUCGUCCUUCGACCGUGGCACUACCGUGACCGAAGGACGCCCCUCUUUUCCCGGACUCACGUCCAACACUUGAGCCGGCGUGGACGAACGCGACCCGGGCACCAUGGCUGAGAGAAGUGGCCGGCUAAGCUUCCCCGGCAGCGGGGCUCUCGACAGACCGGUGCCGAUGAAUUUGUUCGCAACGUGGGAAAUCGAUGGUUCGUCCCCGAACUGCAUCCCGAGGCUUUGCAGUCUGACUCUGAAAAAGCUGGUGGUGCUCAAAGAACUUGACAAGGAGCUCAUCUCUGUGGUCAUCGCUGUCAAAAUUCAAGGCUCCAAGCGCAUCCUGAGGUCCCAUGAGAUCGUGCUCCCGCCCGCUGGGUCUGUAGAGACAGAGCUGGCCCUCACCUUUUCACUGCAGUACCCACACUUCCUGAAGCGCGAGGGCAACAAGCUUCAGAUCCUGCUGCAGAGACGCAAGCGCUACAAGAACCGCACCAUUCUGGGCUACAAGACGCUGGCUGCGGGCUCCAUCGACAUGGCCGAGGUGAUGCAGCACCCAACGGAAGGAGGCCAAGUGCUGCCUCUCUGCAGCCACCAGAAGGACCUCCUGGGGAAGGUGGCCGAGAUCUGGAUAUUCUCACUCUCCAGCCAGCCCAUCGACCACGAGGAUGGCAGCAUGCAGACCGAACACAAGAUCAAAUGCUCCGAUAACUACUCAGAGGAGGAGUAUGAGAGCUUCUCCUCAGAGCAGGAGGCCAGCGAUGAUGCGGCACAGGCUCAGGAUCUGGAAGAUGAUGACUAUGAUGUGCGUAAGCCAAAGAAGCAGAGAAGGUCCAUCGUCAGAACGGCAUCCAUCACAAGACAGCAAAACUUCAAGCAGAGAGUGGUGGCCCUCCUCAAGAGGUUCAGAGUGUCCGACGAGGAUCCAGCCGAGGUUCCUCCUGAGGUGGAGGAGGAAGAUCUGGACCUGGAUAGUGUUGAGUUUGACAACCCCAGCGACAGCGGACCCGAGCUGGAUGACGACGACAGCGUCCUCAGCACACCCAAACCCAAACUCAAGCCGUAUUUUGAGGGUAUAUCCCUGUCCAGCUCGCAGACAGAAAUCGGAAGCAUCCACAGCAGCCGCAGCCACCGCGAGCCCCCCAGCCCGAUGGAGCCUGAUAAAAACAAAUGUGUUGGUGAGGACAAUGUGUCUGACAAUGUCUCCUACGAGCAUCCAGAGGCCGUGACGCCGACCACGGAGCUGGAGAUGGACAACAUGGACACGUUCUUGGACAGACUUCCCCCGAGUGGCAAGAUGACCAAGACGGAGUCGCUCAUCAUUUCGUCCAACAGGCAGGAGCCCAAGAUGGCGGGCAGGCGAGGUCGCAGCACGUCGCUGAAGGAGCGCCAGCCCAGCCGGCCUCUGAACGAGCGGGCCAACAGUUUGGACAACGAGCGGGCGCUGGACACUCGCAGCCACUUGCAAAUUCCAAGGAAGACGGUGUACGACCAGCUCAACCACAUCCUGGUGUCUGACAACCAGCUUCCCGACAGCAUUAUUCUCAUCAACACGUCCGACUGGCAGGGCCAGUACCUGUCGGAUAUGCUCCAGAACCACCACCUGCCCGUGGUGUGCACCUGCAGCACGGCGGACAUCCAGGCGGCGUUCAACACCAUCGUGUCCCGCAUACAGAGAUUCUGCAACUGUAACUCGCAGACGCCGGUCCCCAUCAAGGUUGCGGUGGCCGGUGCGCAGCACUACCUCAGCGCCGUGCUCCGCCUCUUUGUGGACCACCUGACGCACAAGACCCCCGACUGGCUCGGAUACAUGCGCUUCCUCAUCAUCCCGCUGGGUCCACACCCCGUGUCCAAGUAUCUGGGCACCAUGGACUACAGAUACAACGCUUUGUUCCAGGACGCCGCCUGGAAGGACCUCUUUCACAAGUCCGAGGCUCCUGUUGUCGUCCAGGAGAGUCCAGAUGUGGUUUCCAGGGUGACUCAGUACAUGCUGGGCGCCACUGGAUUGCACCAGCUCCCCAUCGCCGAGGCCAUGCUCACGUACAAACAAAAGAGCCCCGAUGAGGACUCAUGUCAGAAAUUCAUCCCAUUCGUUGGCAUGGUUAAAGUGGGAAUAGUGGAGCAAACGUCGGCAACUGCAGGCGACUCGGACGACGCAGCGCCCGCCGGCUCCUCGCUCGUGCUCGCCACGCCGCCUCAAGCGUCGCCGGUGCUGAAAGAAGCGUCGCCCACUCCGCCCUCCUCGCCGUCCAUCAACACAAGUUUCUGCGUGUACAGUUCCGGGGGUCAGGCCGAGCUGAUGGGCCUUCAGGUGGACUACUGGGUGGCCGAUAGGAAGAAGGACUUGGAGAAGCGCGACUCCUCCUCAUCCUCCGCCGCCAAGAAUACGCUCAAGUGCAAUUUCCGCUCGCUGCAGGUCAGCCGCCUGCCCGCGGGGGGCGCCGAACCCAGCACCUUCCCCACCAUGUCCAUGACGGUGGUGACCAAGGAGAAGAACAAGAAGGUGAUGUUCCUGCCAAAGAAGAGCAAAGACAAGGAGGUGGAGUCCAAGAGUCAGGUGAUCGAGGGCAUCAGUCGUCUCAUUUGCACGGCCAAACACCAGCACAACAUGUUGACAGUGUCGAUUGACGGCGUGGAGUGGAACGACGUCAAGUUUUUCCAGCUGGCGGCGCAAUGGUCGUCGCACGUCAAACAUUUCCCCAUCGCCAUCUUCAGCCACACCAAAGGCCCCUACUAAGAACCUCCGCCCUCCUCUCCCUUAUGCCAACCCGUUCAACCGACUUCAUUAUGUCAUCUGUGUCUCAUUGUUGUUUUGUUUUGUUUUUUAUCCAUGUUACAACCGUCCCCUUGGCUUUGAUACUGUUCUUUUUAGAUUCAUAACACUGCUAAUCUCGCGUCCAAAACAGACGCCGUGGUACUGAAAGCACACCACGCACACGAAUGAAGGAUAUAUAUUUAAAAAAAAAAAAAAAACUAAAGUUUUGAAAAGGAGAAAGUAUUUUUAAGUCAGGAAAUCUUGGAUGACACGUGCAAUAAUAGAUAUCAUUAGAAGUAAAGGUGACAUAUUAUGGAAAAUGGGCUUUUUUUAAAAAAUCACUUGUGUACAACUACUUAGGUCUGUGGAGUGCCUGCCAACCCAUCAAAUGUGAAAUUAAGCAACCAAGUAAAUCUGGAGUUAUCUCCCAAUCUCUGAAAACGCCAUUCUGAAUAUUUCCCUCCCACUGUAAUUUUACAAUUUGGCGAUCUUGCCGAUUGGUUUUCAUUGGAACAAAACCGGACACCCCUCAGGCAAGCUCACAACAUGAGACGGAACCGCUCCUCGAACAAGCCACUUUCUCCAUGGCAGGUAAUCUGCAGUAAAAAAAAAAAAAAAAAGUCUCUAAUUUUUUAUACUUGUGAUAUUUUAACAAAAACAUGUCACAGUCUUGCUAUCAAGACACCCGGGACAUAAAAUGUCUCCUUUAAAGCAAAAAUAGUCCUACGCAACAAACAGCACAAUGCGAGUUACAGCCUAAAAGUACAAAUAACGGCAGAAUUUCUCAUUUGCGACUUUGACACUCCUGCAGAUGUCACUUUGAAAAGUGUGUGUGUGUGUGUGUGUGUGUGUGUGUGUGUGUGUGUGUGUGUUGACUGGGUUACAUUAUAUAGAAAACAAUGACAGACGUAAAAUGUAUCGCUGCAACGUUGUCCAUCAUGUGAAUCAUAAACCAAACAAUGGCGUGGACCGGAAGGCAAAUAUUGCGCAUCUGUAAAAGGAGCUUUAUUGUAUUUGUUCGCCAGAUUCUUGAGAAGUGCCUACAUUUGCUUCAUCAAGUCCCCAGUCAAAACAUCUCGGCACUGAUUAUGCUUCAAGGACAACACGAUGCACAGCAUGAUUGUACACUCAUACGUCAUUUAAAAAAAACACUAAACAUCAGCUUGUUGUGUUUUUUCUUAUCUUAGGUUGAAACUACUGUUUCCCC